UUCGGUCAAAUAAAUUCCAGUUAUGAAGGUCCUCCUCAAUAUAAUAAAGGAUAAUUGACUAGACUUGUCCUUUACCUAUUAGAGUAAUGUUGUAAUUUAUAAACCAUACCCAAGUCCUGAUCAUUUCUUUUCACUACCACACUAAAGAAUCAGGAAAAUUAGUGAUCUGAAAUAAUUUUACUUUCCAACCAGGGUUAUGAAUAUGUACCUGAUCCUGACAUGUGCUGCGGAAAGUGUCUUCAGAAGAACUGUAUUGUUACUGCACCUGAUGAUUCAACUCGCCUCAUUGGGGUCAAUGAGACUUAUUUUUCCCCAGACGAUCCUUGUGUCAAAUAUACUUGCGAUAGGAUCAGUGAUACACUGAUGACCAUCGAGAUGGUCAAGGCCUGUGCUCCCUUCAACCCGGAUGACUGCGAACCUGGUACAGAGACAACUGAUGCUGAUGGAUGCUGCAAGUCCUGUAAGCUGCAAGAUGUCUGUGAGGUAGAGGCUGAAGAGAUCAUUCUGGAGGUCGACAAGUGUAGAACAACUGUGCCGGUCACCGUCACCUCCUGUGUAGGCCACUGUGGAAGCACAUCUCGAUAUUCUGCCGCAGCCAACUCCAUCAUGCACAAGUGUGAGUGUUGCCAAGAGGACACCUCCAGUCAGAGGCAGGUGGAGAUGACCUGCGAGGAUGGAACCAAGAUCCAGCACACCUACACUGUGGUGGAAUCAUGCCGCUGCACCGAAGCUGAGUGUGUGCCAGGGACCACAGCACGACCACGCCGCAGGAGGCGAUGAGCACCGACAUACUGAGAUCCACUGAAUCAUCAGCAUGACUCAUUUUAAAUCAUUAGCUUUCACUUUUCCUUGUCCUGUCAGGUGAUGACAGGAUGUGAUCCAAUGAACUUCCUUCUCUUUUCCCUGAAGCAUGGUGAUUAAUAAA